AUGGCUACUGAAGUAUGUCACCACGCUAUUGGGACUUUGCAGUCUCAUUCUUACCUUAGUAAUUUGAAUCAUAGCCAAAAUCUCAGGAGCGGUUCGUUAAGAUUGGCGACAAGCCAGAGGAAUUGUUUUGUAAUUCGGUCUUCAGCUUCUCAUUCUCAGACAUCGGUUGUUGAUCCAGUGUUGGCCCCUUCAAGAAGCAACACCGGUGACAGUUCUAAGAAAUCAAAUGAAGCAGCUUUGAUCCUUAUUCGACACGGUGAGUCGUUGUGGAAUGAAAAGAAUUUGUUCACAGGUUGUGUUGAUGUACCACUUAGCAAGAAGGGUAUAGAUGAGGCAAUUGAAGCUGGAAAAAAGAUUAGUAACAUUCCUGUUGAUGUCAUAUUUACGUCUGCGUUGAUUCGUGCACAAAUGACAGCCAUGCUUGCCAUGACCCAACACCGCCGUAAGAAGGUGCCUGUUGUUUUGCACGACGAGAGUGAGCAAGCAAAAGCAUGGAGUCAAGUUUUUAGCGAAGAUACAAAAAAGCAGUCCAUUCCAGUCACAACAGCUUGGCAACUAAAUGAAAGAAUGUAUGGAGAACUACAGGGUCUCAAUAAGCAAGAAACAGCAGACAGAUACGGGAAAGAGCAAGUCCAUGAGUGGCGCCGAAGCUACGACAUACCUCCUCCCAAUGGUGAAAGUUUGGAAAUGUGCGCUGAAAGAGCAGUUGCCUAUUUCAGAGACCGGAUUGAACCCAAACUUUUAUCUGGAAAGAAUGUUAUGAUUGCAGCACACGGGAAUUCAUUGAGAUCCAUUAUCAUGUAUCUCGACAAGUUAACUUCCCAGGAGGUCAUUAGCUUAGAACUGUCAACCGGAAUUCCAAUGCUUUACAUUUUCAAAGAGGGAAGAUUCAUCAGGAGGGGGAGUCCUACAGGACCAACUGAAUCUGGAGUUUAUGCCUAUACCAAGCAUUUAGCGCUUUACAGACAGAAGUUGGAUGAGAUGUUCCAAUAA